AAAAUUUAGAAAUUAUUUUUACGUGUGAAAUAGAUAUUAGUACUAGACUAAAGACUCACUAAAAAUAAAAAUAGUUAUUAACAAAUACAUUCACGCAGUUUAUAUGUAUGGUUAACUUAUAAAUGACAUUAACAUUUUUAUGCCACAUGCAACUCUGCUAAUUUUUCGUAGUCCUUAUAUUGUCAGUACUGUUCGCACAGUAUCAAGCGCAAAAAUUAAAUUCAGCAAGGCCGCCAUUACCAACGACAACAUACGACGCAUUCUGUUUUGAUUAAUACGGAUGAUUAAAGAUAUAAUUUGUAACUAAAAUGUCGCAAUUUAAUUUUGUUAAUGAAAUUAAUAGCGCGCUUUCAAUGAAUGGCGAAAUAAGUCGUGGACCAGCACCGCGCUGGAAAAAGAAGCAUGAUGUUUCUAGUUUUAGCUUGAACGCCAGUGCUAACAAUUCGCGUUCGGUACUUUCCGUAUUGUACAAUACCAGCAUUUCAAAUCUUAAUCCAAACUUGAAGACACCUGUUAAAAAUCCUGACACUCGUCCCAAGAAAACUCCUAGUAAAACACCAAGCGGUGGUGAUCGUUUCAUACCGAAUCGUUGUGCCAGUAAUUUUGACAUAGGACAUUUUCUGUUAAAUAAGGAGCGUGAACAAGAACGCGACAAAACCGAAAAUGACAAAAACAAAAUUUCUCCUAGUAAACUCGAACGACAAAAAUUAAUUGCCGAUUCAUUAAAUAUUGGCGAUCUGAAGUCAACACGUAUACUUUGUUAUCAAAAUAAGGCUCCAAGUGCACCAGAUUCACAUCAAAAUCCAUUAAAGGUUGUAUUUUCCACAAAUACACCACACUCGAGUAAAAGUGGUACACGGUAUAUUCCCUCAACUUCGGAUCGUAUAUUGGAUGCACCUGAUAUUAUCAAUGACUAUUAUUUAAAUUUAAUGGACUGGAGUUCUGAUAACAUAGUGACUGUAGCGCUCGGUAGUGCUGUAUAUUUAUGGAAUGCCGGAACUGGAAAUAUAGAGCAAUUGGUUGAGUACGAGGGUGGCGAUCACGCUUGCUCUUUGUCCUGGAUUCAAGAAGGCCAGAUAUUAGCUAUAGGCAACACUACAGGUGUAGUGGAGUUAUGGGAUUGUACAAAAGGAAAACGUUUACGCAUUAUGGAGGGUCAUAGUGCACGUGUUGGUGUAUUGGCUUGGAACUCUUUUCUGGUUUCAUCGGGUAGUCGCGAUUGUUCUAUAAUACAUCACGAUGUACGCGCACGUAAUCACAGGGUUAGUACGUUAAAUUCACAUACACAGGAAGUGUGCGGUUUGAAAUGGUCUACAGAUUAUAAGUAUCUUGCUAGUGGUGGCAAUGACAAUUUAGUCAAUGUCUGGCCGGCUGUUAGUGGCGGUGUUGGCACAGGUACAAACGUUUUACAUACACUUAAUGAACAUCAGGCUGCUGUACGCGCAAUAGCAUGGUGUCCAUGGCAAAAGAAUGUAUUAGCCACUGGCGGCGGUACAGCAGAUCGUUGUAUCAAGUUUUGGAAUAUAAACAACGGUAGUAACACCCAUUCUAUUGAUACUCAAUCUCAAGUUUGUGCUUUACUGUGGUCACGUAAUUACAAGGAAUUGAUCUCUGCUCAUGGUUUUGCAAAUAAUCAGUUGACCAUCUGGAAAUAUCCUUCUCUUGUGAAGCAGACUGAACUAAUUGGUCAUACAGCACGUAUAUUGCAAUUGGCUAUGUCACCUGAUGGCAGCACUGUCAUUAGUGCGGGAGCUGAUGAAACUUUGCGUCUAUGGAAUUGCUUUACUCCUGAUCCACAGGCUGCCAAAAAAUCGAAUGCUGUAGCAAGUCGUGCUCAACAAAGCGUUUUCCGUCAAAGUAUUCGCUAAAAAAUUUCAUAUUUUUUAAAUUGACUAAAAUUUCUUUAUUUUUAUAUAUUUGAUUUUUAUAAUAAAUUGUUAU